AUGUACUCACUCCCAACCAAAGACCAAGCCCGUCUUCUCAACCGAUUCUUACGUGAUUGUGAAGUCCUCCAAGAUCACCUAAUUGAUUCAUUGACCGGUGUUGAUCUUGAAGACAAAGACCUCAAAGGCAAAGCUUCCAGCAGAGCCUCCAAAUUCAAACCCAACAGGACUGAAAAUGAAGAAGCCGACAAGUUAGCGGAAAACAAUCCGAAAGAAGAAGAAACGGUUGAUGAUUCACAAAAGCAACCUGCCUCCAAAACCGAACAAGGUGAUUGCAAUAAGACUAAAAAGAAACAUGGUAACCCUAUUCCCCUCAACGUCAAUAACAAUGAAGAAACGAAAGAAACUUACCUGCUACCUUCUCCCAAUCGACCAAACCACCUUAUAGAUAUAGACACUGAAAACAUAGACACCGAAAACCACACUAGGCCUGCUUUUAACAAGCAAGAUGAAGUUAUCAAACAGCCAUAUCACCCUCCUACUAGAUCCGACUGUUCUAGCCCAUCUCAUCAAGCCGAAGAACUCCUCAUUCUGAAUGCUUUAACUCCGAAACGAGCCAAAGCGCGGUUGCAUAUCCAAUCAAACCCUACAAAACGAGAUGCUGGUCAACAUUCAUCAAGCUAUGAAGACCACUCAACAACUGAUAGCACACGACCCAAACCACAAACAAUUGAAGACCAAGUGCCAACAAUUGAUACCACAACUCAAAACACCAGCCUUCUUCUCCCAUCAAACGUUGGAUCCACUUCUGCUGUAAAUCCAUCUUCUCCCCUUCCAUUCGUCGAGGAAUUCCUGAACAACCUACCUACAAAGGAACAAAGCGCCACUCUACCUCCAAAGGAGCAAUCAAAACCAAACGAUAAUACCAACACUUUGCAAUGUGAAAUAUCAAAAGAAGACAACCAAUCGAUUCCUCUUACCAAUGACGCUGUUCCUUCCAAGAACUCCGUGAAAUCUCGAAAACGUAAGGCUACUGAUGUCACGAGGCAGCCAACAAGAGUAUCCGCACGGCGCAAAGCAGCUGAGAGCAAGAAGGAAUCGGAUUUCACCACCAGAAGAAGCCGAAAGUCUGACAACAGCUCUCCACCCCAUCUCGACAACAGCUACUGGGCCAAAGCUUUUGGGAUCGGAGGUCAAUCCUACACUCAAGAACAAACGAUUAAAAAAAGCUGA